CUCCUGAAUUUUCCACAUUGAAGGAGAGGUGCGGUGGAGUUUUUCGAGUGAACUUACCGAUAAUGUUGAAUGCGAUAACCCGAGGUUCCAGCCUUUUGGCUGGAAAAGCUGUGGAAAAAUUAACCGCAGAAAGUCUUAAAGUCGUUAGCGUUAGCAAUGGAAACAAACGUGGUUUGGCAGCAAAAGCCGCAGCCUCUGUCAAAGGAAACGGACAAGUUGUAGCUGUAAUUGGUGCUGUCGUAGACGUACAGUUCGAUGACAACCUACCCCCAAUUCUCAACGCCCUCGAGGUGGAAAACCGAAGCCCCAGGCUAGUCCUGGAGGUAGCCCAGCAUUUGGGAGAGAACACAGUCCGUACCAUUGCUAUGGACGGUACUGAAGGUCUUGUCCGAGGCCAAAAAGUCAAGGAUACCGGAUUCCCAAUCCGUAUUCCAGUAGGAGCAGAAACUUUGGGACGUAUCAUCAACGUCAUCGGUGAACCCAUCGAUGAAAGGGGCCCCAUUCCAACCGACAAAUUGGCCCCAAUUCACGCCGAAGCCCCAGAAUUCGUCGAUAUGAGCGUCGAACAAGAGAUCCUUGUCACUGGUAUCAAGGUUGUAGAUUUGCUUGCCCCAUAUGCCAAGGGAGGUAAGAUUGGUCUGUUCGGCGGUGCCGGUGUGGGUAAAACUGUACUCAUUAUGGAACUUAUCAACAACGUCGCCAAAGCCCAUGGUGGUUAUUCAGUGUUUGCCGGUGUAGGAGAACGUACCCGUGAAGGUAACGAUUUGUACCAUGAGAUGAUUGAAUCUGGGGUCAUCUCCCUGAAAGACAAGACUUCCAAGGUAGCUCUUGUAUACGGACAGAUGAACGAGCCCCCAGGCGCACGUGCUCGUGUCGCUUUGACCGGAUUGACUGUUGCUGAAUAUUUCAGGGAUGUUGAAGGACAGGAUGUGUUGCUCUUCAUCGACAACAUUUUCAGAUUCACCCAAGCUGGUUCGGAGGUGUCUGCCCUUUUGGGUCGUAUCCCCUCCGCUGUAGGUUACCAACCAACUUUGGCCACUGACAUGGGUAGUAUGCAGGAACGUAUCACCACCACCAAGAAAGGUUCCAUCACCUCUGUGCAAGCCAUCUAUGUACCCGCCGACGAUUUGACAGAUCCCGCCCCUGCCACCACCUUCGCUCACUUGGACGCCACCACCGUAUUAUCCAGAGCCAUCGCAGAAUUGGGUAUCUACCCUGCUGUGGACCCCUUGGACUCCACCUCCCGUAUCAUGGACCCCAACGUCAUCGGUCAGGAGCACUACAACGUCGCUCGUGGCGUGCAGAAGAUCCUGCAAGAUUACAAAUCGCUCCAGGACAUCAUCGCCAUCCUGGGUAUGGACGAGCUGUCUGAAGACGACAAAUUGACAGUGGCCAGGGCGCGUAAGAUCCAACGUUUCCUGUCCCAACCCUUCCAGGUGGCCGAGGUCUUCACCGGUCACGCCGGUAAAUUGGUGCCCCUCGAGGAGACGAUCAAGGGAUUCCAGAAGAUAUUGAAGGGAGAGCUUGAUCACUUGCCGGAAGUUGCUUUCUACAUGGUCGGGCCAAUAGAGGAGGUCGUAGAGAAGGCUGAGAGAUUAGCCAAGGAAACCAACUAAGUUGCAGUUAAGAGCGAAAUCUAAUUCAUCGAUUAGAUUGGGAUUAAUUUUUUUUUACAUCUCGUAUAAAUUGAAUGAGAUAAAACGUCAUCUUGUAAGUUAUAAAAGUGUACCAUGUUAUACUUUAAUUUUAAAUAAAACUAUAAAAUAGAUCGUU